CCUCACCGUCAUCAUCAAAAAUGGCGAUAGCAUAUCUCGUUCAUUAAACGUGUGCGUACGUCUGUGUCUGCUGCUUUGAUUUGCGUGUUUUCCGUUUAUUAUUUUAGUGUUGUUUUUAUCGACUCUUCUUGUGUACUACUGCGAUUAAACACAAGAAAUUUUGAUUCCAAACGGCCAGGUGUCCGUCGUUCGACAACGUUUAUCGUUGCAUGCCGACGGGCUAACACCAUUUUGGAUUUCAACUAAUGUCGUCGUUGCAGUUUAUCGUGCAUCCAGCCCCUGGAACGGACGAUCAAUUAAAUGACAGGUAUGUACUUUUUACCUAUUUAGACACGCGUACUAGUCUUGAUCUUCCAUGCAUGGAUUUCCUUAGCAACAUUUAUGCCAUCGUGCCGACACGUUUACCGACCAUCGUGUUUGCAAAGUCAGUUUGGGGUAUUUGGGUUUUUCUUUGGGUGUGGUAAUUCAUAAAUUGUAAAGUGUAUUAAAAAUACCUAUGAAAUUCAUAUGACGCCUAUGUGUACUUCAACCACAGAUGCAUGUUUUAUGUACCUCUGUUAAUUUAACAAAUAAUAGAGUGAGUGAAUAAUAGAGUAUGUGUAUUACUCAUUUUCAUCCUUUAAAUAGAUACCUCGAUACAUAUUGUUGCAUUAGUAAUUGGUUAGUACAUUAUGAUGUUAAUUAAAAUCCUUGAUAUCAAUAACAAAUAUAGUACUCAUAAUUUCCAAAAACUAGGAUAGGUACUCAACAUGUUAAAGUAAUAUUUUUUGCUGAUUACUUAUUGGUUGAAGUCUUGCUCUUGGGUUCAAAAAAAAAAUGUCAAAAUAUCAAAAAAACCACCCUCCAUAUUUUCUCUUCCCUUCCCUUACCUAAUUCACAUUAUGCAUUCAGAAUACUCUUUUUUCCAGUUAAAUAUGCAUAAUAUAUCAUGUAAUAAACUAUGUAUAAUUGGUCUCUUUGCUGCAUAUUAUAAAAUAUAUGAAUGCAUUAUAUUACAUAUUAUAAAACUAAUACAUAAAAUUGUAAAUAAAAACAGCAAUCGUACAGCUGCUGAACUAUACAGUACUGCGAAGAGCGGUCGAAAAAUCAAAAAUCGAAAUUUUAACUACUUACUGGUAUUUAAAGUGGCCAUACAAGUCGUUAACCUAUUUAUUGUUUUUCGAUAUUUUGAAAUUUUGACACAAUUUUUGUAUUGAUAAUGAAAUCAUAUUUUGUAUCUAUCAUAGUACUGACAGGAAGUUGAUGUACCUAUGUAGGAUACCUUACUAUCUAUCUAUUUAUUUAUACUGUUAAAUUGUCUUUAUUUAGAAAAAAUUUAAUGUAAAAGUGUAUGUAUGUAACAAUAAACGGUUAAGAGUUUGUAAUCAUACAACUCUACAAAUCAAUGUUACUCAUAGUUGUUCAUUCAUUAGUUGUUAGUUGUAUAAGUGGUUUUGCUUUUACAUUGAAUAGCAUAGAAUUAAUUAAAACAAUAAAAAAGUUAUUCAUCGUGGCAUUGCAUAUAUGAUUAUAUCCAUUAUAAGUUAAUAAAUAGUUUAAGAUGAACAUGUUCCCAGAAAGUAUUAAUGGAGUAGCGAAUCAUUUUAUUGUGACUAUAAUGGUAAAUUAUUAUAUACCAGAUUUUUUUGCUUUUUUUUUUACACAAUUUUUAUAAUUUUAAAUUAAUUAUUUUAUAAUAAUAGUUAUAAGCAUAAUUAAUAUUAGUUUAAAAAAGCGUCUGAUGACCCAUCUGAUGUACCCAUUGUAAUACCACUGGAGAUACUAAGGAUAAUCAAAUUCUGUUUUAAAUUCUAAGUGGAGUGAAGAAGCUUAUGGUUUUAUAAAAAUAUUGUAUUUUUUUUUUCUUUGGAUAACUUUUCUAUCAGAAGACUUGAUCCAAUUUUGACGUAUAGCAACUUUUGGUGUGGGGAGGUAUCUUAAAUUGGUCAUUUUUCGAUUUUCUCAAGAAUUUUCACAUCAAGUGUUAAAAAACUGGGAAAUGUACUAAAUAUAUUAGCUUAUUCUGAUUUUUUUUUUCUGUAUACAACUUAACUAUAGCAAUUUUUCUAAAAGGAAAUUUUACUACGGAGGUAUUUCAAAGUUGUUGUUUUACAUUUUCUUAGCAAAUGUGAAAAAUUGGGAAAAAACAUGGGAAAACCGGAGGAAAUUGCUACAACAUUUAACAAAUAUUAAAGAAAAUGUAUAAGGCCUACUUAAUUAUUUUACUAUAAUGUGGCAUAUAUAUUGUUGUCUUGAGCAUUGGGUUAUCAUUGCUUACAGAUAUAUAUUAAAUUAAUAGUCGCUGCACCUGUCUCCAUUAUCCUAGAACGUCUUUUUUUAUUUUUACAUAUGAGAAUAAGGAUUACAAAUAAUUAUAUUUGUUUACAUUUUUUAUGUUUUGGUAAAAGAACUCAAAAAUUUACUAUUUUAUUAUUUUUUUCGAAAAAUUUGAAGACACCCAUCAUUUUAUAUAAUUUAUUCUUCUGAACAUUUUGACGUUUUAACUUUUUUAUAACUUUUAAUUUUCAUUAAACUCAUGAUUUAUAAUUAUUGUUCAGAGAAAAGUACCUAUAAUUAUGCAGCAUGCUGUAAUCAUUUUUUCUAAUUGAUUAUUAUUAUGGCUAAUUGAAUAUACAUUUUUUUCCUCUGAACUUUAAAAACCACAAAUUUUAUGAAAAUAAAAAGUUGAGAUGUCAAAAUUUUCAGAACAAAAACAUAAAAAAUGAAUUGGAUUAUAAAUAUUUGUAGCCCUUAUCCUUGUGAGUAAUUUAAAAAACUAUAGAAUAUGAUUAUCUUUAUUAUCUCUGGAGAUAUUUCAAUGGGUAUGUAUAUAUGGGACACCCUAAAUAACAUGUAUAUUUAAUAAUUUUUUCCACAGACUUUUUUUUCCUGAAUUUGUGUAUAAUAUACCUAAUAGUUUUAUUUCAGGCAUCUAGUACAUAGAUUUUUUAGCUGACUGUACACAAAUGUUCGGCAAGUCUUUUAAGUGGCCUUGUUAUACAAUACAAUAGACUCUCUUGAUCUCAUAUCAAUUUAAAAUUUCAAAGUCCCGCAGUAUUAUACCCACACACUUAUAUUCUUUUAUAUUCCCCAAUUUAAAACCAAUUACCUAAAAAACGAGCCAUGAAGACACUUAAUCAAGAAAUUCAAAAUGUAUAACUGGUGUACAUUUCCUUUAAAACUGUAACUGAUGACGAUUAGAGAAAUUUUGUAUGGUAACUGGUGACAUUGUUGCUCGUCAACAGUCACGAUUUUCGUAACCAUAUCGCUAGUAUGGUGGGACUGUUCACUCCCCACUACAACAAAUUGUAUUAAUGUUACCCUUACACUAAUUGCAAUAUUUGAAUUUUAAGUGGGAAUAAUAUUUAUGUUGUUUAUUUUAUUUCUCGUGUAUAACUAAUUAAUAUAAUAUCAUAAAACACAAGUAUUUUUAAUAAUCUGUCAGAAUUUCUUCUACCAGUCAUCAGUCACCAUUGUAGGCUGGUGGCUGUUGGGUAAAUUCACUGAUUAUGCAUUCCGAAUUUUUUGAAUGCCAAUUACCAAUAAGGAUUCCGCCUUUCUUGCUUAAUUCAUUCUUUUAUUUAAACUAAUAAUUUUUUUUUUUUAGUAUUAUUGUUGUUUUUUCACUGUUGCUAAUAUUUUAUUUUUUAUUCAAAGAGCACCUUUACCAACUGUUUGUUAACUGUUAAUAAAUAAAUAAUAAGAAAUUAUGAAUAGUGAAAAUAAUUAAGUUACGUUAGUUUUCAAUUUAUUUGUUCUGCAGCUUUAUUCUAUAAUUUGUUUAGUGGCCUUAAAAAAUAUUUCUGAUAAGUAAUGCAAUUGAUAAGUUGAUAAGUGAUUUAACAAAUUCAGUGAUUCUUUAAAUAAUUGGUAAAUGAUAACUAAGGCCGGUAUUUAUUUGCAUUUGUAUGAUUUUAUUAGUUGGUUGAAAAAAUAGCUAUACUUAGUUCCAUUGAAGGAUGCACCGCUCGGUGUAUCUAAAUGUAUCGCGGAGUGACGUCUUGCCCCCUAAAAUGACUCUAUUCACUCUACGAUUGGUCUCUGUAAGUCGGCAACACGAGUUUUGACCAAUUAUUGUCCGCUACCCUGUGUGUUCUUAUUUGGUACAGAGUCUAGUUUAUACCAAAAUGUGUUUUGUGAACUCACAAUUUUGUAUAUACAAGUUUAUUUUUGACAAUAUGGCUCAUUUUAAGGGUAUUGUAUAUUUUUUUAGAGCAUAUUUAAGGAUUUUAUACAUUUAAACUCAAUAAAUUAAGAAUUACAUAAAAGAAAUAUUGCCUGAUAAAAUAUCCAUAUAAUUAAUUGUGUAUUACGAUAGAUUAUAAAUAUUUUUUUUUUAUUCUUUAAAUGUAUAAGUCAGGUUUAUUAUUAAAAAUAUUUAAAUAUUUUUGUUUGGUAUUCUGAUUAUAAAAAUAUAAUCAAAGCAAAAUAACUGAAGUAAUGUAAGGACACUAAAUAAAUAAAAUGUAAAGACAAUUCAACAUAUAUCUCUUAUUUACUUGUAUAUUUUUAAAUUCUGAGCAGAGCAAGGAAUGUAUUAGUUUUAUAGCGUUAAUUGUUUAUUUUUAUUUUUUUUAAUUUGUGAAUAAAUUUUCUACCAGCAAUUUUACUCUGAUUUUCAAUUAUAGCACUUUUUCUGAAAAAAAAUCUGACUGAGGUGGUACUUUAAGAAAGUCAUUUUUUGAUUUUCCUAAUCACUUUCAUAAUAAAUGUAAAUAACUUAGGAAAAUACGUACUAUAUAAACAUGACUAAGUAACGCUGGUGCAGUUUAAAAAUAAUUAUGCAUUUAUUUUAUAAUUUUAAUUAAUUAUUAUUAUGUAUUACUUUCAGAUUCAAAGAAGUUUCAGAACGUUUGAAUAGAAGUAAUUCAGGCAAUACAUUUUAUCCUGUGUUAUGUAAUUUGAAAGCCCCAAUCAAACAAAUUGUUGUUGGACCAUAUCAUAUUGGUCUAUUAUUUGAAGAUGGCCGAGUGGCUCGAAUUGGAUUCACUGUGCUUGCUGAGCGACUGGAUUUAUCAAGAUCUACUGGAGAUGUAAAUAAAUUGCCUUCUAAAUCCAGUGGUGGAGGUAGUGGAGGUGGAGGUGGGGGUGGUGGAAAUUUAGGUUCUGCCACCCGUCACCUUACUAGAAGAGCUCGUAUUAUGAGAUCUGGAACAUUCCGUGGAACUUCAAGGUAAUUAAGAAAUAAUAUAUUUAUGUAAACUUUGGAAAUUAAUAGUAGGUAUUUAUUCAGAUCAUCUGGUAGUGGUGUUAUAAUGAGCAGUAGUUCAUCAAGCGGCCGUCCAGUUAUGCCAGCACAAUUUGUACCAGAAGAGCUGGUAGCCCAAGCUCAAGUUGUUUUGCAAGGGAAAAGUCGGAAUUUAAUAAUACGAGAACUACAGCGAACAAAUUUAGAUGUGAAUUUGGCAGUUAACAACCUUUUGUCACGUGAUGAUGAAGAAGGGGAUGGUGAAGGAGGCGAUGAAGUUGGGGGUGGACCUGGUGGAGAUUCUUAUGUUCCUGAAGAUUUAAUGUCUUUAUUGGAUGGUGGAGGAUUCCAUUCAGACCAUUCUGUUAUUAUUGAUGCCGAUGCAAUUUUUUCUGAAGAUAUGUUUUCAUAUUCAUCUUCUAGAAGGUAAAUGUGAUAUACCAUAUUGCAUUUUGUUUAGCUUUAUAGGAUAUCUACAUUGAUUUUAGACCCGUGUUGACAUUUCGUAGGAGUGGUGCUAGAAGAUUAGGUGAUCGAGAUCGUGUAAGCAAUAGCGCUAAUGAUAGUACUUCUAGUGAUCGUAAUUCAGGGCCUAGUGAUCGUGAUAGUUUUACCAGAUGGAGAGAUCGUCAUUGUUAUGGACAACAACAACACCGCCAAAGACAACAGCAGUGGCUUGAAGGAGCAUUACGUGAUUCAUCAUGGGAUAAAGAAACAGGUAAUUAUCGUAUUAAUUAACAGUUAUUGUUUAUAAGACUAUUUUAGUUGUUUUAUAAAUGAUAUUCAUGCUUUGAAUUGUAUUUGUUAUAGACUCUAAAAAGAAGGACUCUAACGUUGGAACUUUUGAAUUUUCCGCAGAAUCUAAAAAAAAAGAUAAUAACACUGGUAAUCCUUUGUGGUUGUCUACUGAUGCAGAAUAUUGGCCAGAACCAAAUGUCAAAUUUAUACAAAUUGCUGCUAUUCAUUCAGAAUUAAUUGCCUUGUCAGCUGGAGGACAACUUUAUCAAUGGAAAUGGGAUGAUGCUGAUCCUUACAAGACUUUAGAAGUGAGUGAUUUCAAAAAUUAUGACAUGUAUUUAAAUUUUAAAAUUAUAUACACGUUUGAUAAUUAAUAUGUCUAUAAGCUGUUAAAUCUUUUAUUUAUAUUGUGAAUUUUUUAGAAUAAUGUACAUCAUCCUAAAACCAGUGCUCUUGGUUUGACUAAUGAAAAAGUAGUUCUACUUUCUGGUACUAUUAUACGAGUUUCAGUAGUAACAGAAUCUAAUAAAGUAGCUACAUGGAUGGACGAAAGUCUCACUCAUGCUGCUACCGCUGCUAAACUUGAACACCCUGCUCAACUUUAUUCUGAAUUUGUAGUUGAUCGUAUAGUUUCUAUUCAUACUUGCCCACUAUAUACUCUUGCACGUUUAGAAAGUGGCGCCCUUUAUUGGUGGUAUGUAUAAUUAAUAUUUAUUUAUUUUGUGUUUUAUUUGAACUAAAAAAAAUGAUCUAAUUAAAUAGGGGAGUAUUGCCAUUCAAUCAGAGGCGUAAAAUUUGGGACAAAUAUCGUACUAAAGCUAGAAAACAAAAAACUAACAAUUUAAACUCCGAUAUUGUAGUUGGUAGUCAAGUUUGUAUGAAAAAUAGUCCACUUUAUCAACCAGGAGCUAUUGGUAUGUUUAAACUUGAAUAUUUUAACUUCAUUUAUUAAUCUUUUUAUGUACUAAAUUAGGUAUAACUUUGUAUGGAGGUGAACCUAAAAUAGGCCAAUUAUUAAAUUCAGCAUGGACAUAUGCUGAUGUUUGUCGAUUUCAAAUUUUAACUCCACCUCAAAUAUUUCAAUCUCAAAAUAUUAACUGUAGUUCCUCCAAGCCUUGUACACCUAUUGAAAAAAGUAAAGAGACUGCUGAUAGAAUUGAUAUGCCACCCCCUCCUUCUCCUGCUUCGAGUACUUGUAGUGAUACAGGAAGCUCUGUUCAAAGUUCAAGUAAGUAGAAAAAUUGCAUUUAGGUAUUAUUUUAUUCGUCGAGUGUAUUAAUAUAUAUACAGGCUGUUACACGAAGAUAUACCCCUUGAAUAUCUUCAGAGAUAAUAAAGAUAACCAAUUUCUAUUUUUUUCAUAUAUAUAUAUAUAUAUAUGAAAAAUACAGGGAAGAGGCCUACAAUAGCUUAUAUUUGAAUUAUUAUUUUUUUUUUAAUAAUUGAAUUAUUAUUAUUUUUUUUUAAUAAAAAUUUUUUUAAAAAAAUACUAUUAUUUUUUGACAGUUUUAAGAUGACUAUAAUAUAAACAUUAUUUUUCUGAAAAUUUUAAUGUAUUACACAUUUAUAUUCGAUGAAUAGUUUCUAUGUAACAGUCAUUCGAAAUUCUAUUUAUCCGCAUGAAAACCAAUAUUAUCUAGGAAAAAACCUAACCGUGUUAUGCAAUAACUUUGGUUUUCACAUGGAUUAGUAGAAUUUAAAAUGGCUGUUACUUAGAAACUAUUAGAUAUAAAUGUGUAGUAGGUACAUUAAAAUUUUCAGAAAAUAAAAAAAAUUAACUCAAAUAUAGAUAUUUGUAGUCCUCUUUUCUGUGAGUAACAGAAUAUGAUCAUCUUUAUUAUCUCCGGAGAUAUUCAAGGGGUGUAUCUCUGUAGGACAGCCUGUAUAUAUAAUAUAUUAUACAAUUAUAUAUAUAUAUAUAUAUUAGGGUAGUUAUUAUUUAUAUAGGUAGAAUAUUUUAUUUUAAAAAGUUAACACAGGAUUUUAUUAAUUUAUUAAGUUAUUUGGGUGAAAUUUGGAAGGUCUCACUUAACCCUCUUUAGUGUCGCAAUAGGUUUGAAUCUAGUAAAAGAGGGUAGUUUCCUCAGUAUUUUAUUUAAUUCAGAAAAUAUUGCACUUGGCAUGAAAUGAUAACAACCUAUUGAUAUAUUUUAAUAUUGUUUAUAAAAGUUAUUGUAAUUCUAUAAUUUUUAAAAAGAAUUUUAUCAUAAUAUCAAAAUAUUUUAUUUAUUUAUUAAUAUUGAUUUUUUUUGGUUAUUUAAAUCUAUAUAAUACCCAAUAGAUAUUUGAUAACAACAGUCUGAUUUAUAUAAUAGUAAACCACUUGAAAAAAAAUCAUUUACAAUUGUUUGUGUUUAUAAUAAAAUUAAUUAUUAUAAUAGAAUUACAUUUUUCUCUUACCCAUACAAUCAUUUAAUAUUGUCAAUCAUUAUAUUAUGAUUAUCAUUUUUACACAAAAUUGAUCGGAUCAUUUACGAUAUCGUGUUUAUAGAAACCAUUUUAAAAGGCAAAAAUUAAUUAUUAGAAAAACUAAAAAUAAUAAUAAAAAAAAUUAAAUAAAAAUAUUUUCAUUAAUAUUGUACAUUAAUAUUUUACAAAAUUUGGGUAAGUGAUACCAAAAAAUAAACAGUUGAUUUCUUAUCAAAAUUUUUAGUAUUAACAUUUUUUUUUUUAAAUAUUAAAUUCUGUAUCUCAACCGAAAAAAAUCAAUUUAUAGAAAAUAUUAAAAUUACCCCUUUACGCUAAAUGCGAUAGUUUCUGAAUUAAAUAAAAUAAUAAAAAAACUACCAUCUUUUGCCAUAUUUCAUCCUUAAUGUAGCAUCAGAAGAGGUUGAGCGAGACCUUUUAAAUUUUACCUAAAUUACUUUCUCAUGUUACAUAAUAAAUUAAAGGGUUUAUUUAUUGUCUUAAAAAAAUAAUGUUGAAAAAAAAAUAAGUAUCACUCUAAUUUAUAAAUAUAUAUAUAAUUAUAUACAGAGUGAUCUACUUAUUAUAAACCAGAAAUUUUCUCUGAGAAUUUCAAAUUAAUUUCAUUUCUUUGAAAACUAAAUUUUUUACUCCUACUCAAUAUACCUUCAAUUAUUAAACUUUUGAUUUCCACAUAAGAACUUCUUUUUAAAUACAUAUUCCAAUAGACAAUAUUUGUUUAAGAUUGUCUAAUACAUUAAAUACUAACAUCAGAUUGACUGUUUAUGAAGUAUAUAGUUUAAAAUUAACUGAGGAGUAGAGAAUAAUUUAAUUUAAUUUAAUUUGUACACAUUUUUAGUAGACAAAUUGAUAACCCUUUUCUAUUCCUCUAGUUUAAACUUUGAACUGUUAAAAUUCAAACAGUAAAUUUAUUUUCAAAGUUUUUAGACAAAUUUUCUUUAUUAGAUUUUGUGUUUAAAAAAUUGUGUUGCUAUUUGAAAAUUCAGAUAUAAGGUAAAGGGGGUAAAAAUGGAGAUAGUGUUAUAAUUUUUGAUCAUAUACUAUAAUGACGAGUUCACUAAAUUAGAUGCUUGAUGUAUGCAUAAUAUGAUUCUUUGCCUCAUGUCAUUUUAAACGUAAAUAGCAGCAAUUAGUAGUCUCGACUACAUAAAUAAUUAUGCAACAAAUCACAUUACGCAUGUACAAAUUGACUACCUUCUACAAGGAUUUUUUGAUAAUAUCAUCUAAAAGAAACUACACAUGCUUCAUUUAUAUGAUCUAAGGGUAUUAUGAAGCUUUUAAUGAUUCAAAACAAAUUGAAUUUACUUAACAUCCUAAAAAUAAAAUUGCUAAUUCAUGAUAAGUGAACCAUUCUGUACUUACACAUUAUAAUUACAUAAAUAUUUUAUUAAAAAUGUUAAAUGAUCCCCAGAGAGAAUUAAAAGAGUACCAGUGAAAGGUCUUGAAGACGAUAAAAAUAUUGAAGAGGAUUGGCCGUUGAAAGAUGUUGUAUUUGUUGAAGAUCAAAAGAGUUUACCUAUUGGUACUUAUUUUCAUGUUUUAAAAUAAACUAUUAUUUCUACUUAAUAUUGAUUUUUUGUAGGUCGUGUUGUUCAUAUUGAUGGUGUUUAUGCUGCAGUUAAAUUUCCUUGUGUUUCAAAAGACAAUAAUGGAAUAUUUCCUAAAGAUCCUACAGCACCUGCAAGUGAUGAUUUAGUUACAAAUAUCAUAAAAAUGUUGGACCAAAAUGAAGUUCGGUUAAUGAAAAAAGAUGAUCUACAGGUUAAUAUAAGAAUAUUUCCCAAUUUAGUAAUUAAUAUAUGAUUACUAAAUUAUUAUCUAUUCAUACGUAUAAUUUUUUUAUUUAUUUAUUUAUUUAAGGUAUGUAAAGUCGCUGUUGCAAGUAAAGUACCAGAUUGUUUUCAAAGAACACCCAGAAGAAUUAACAUACCUGAUAAUGGAAAUCAAAUUCUGACCCUCACUAUUGAUGGUCAAGGUAUUAUAUUAUUUUAUAAAUAUAAUUUGAUUAAUAUUAAUUUUUAUUUAAUUUUCCAGGCAUACAUGCAAUUGUGAAAAAUGGUUCUAAGAUAAGUUAUAUUAAAUUUAACAUAACUAGUGGUAAAAUAGAGCAAGAUAGCCCAUUUCCAGUUGAUGCAAGUGCUCUAAUAGGACUAAGUCCUGACAACAUGCAGAUUCUUUGCACUGCAGAAGUAAGAUUUAAAUUGUUUUAUGAAUAUAUUUUAUAAUCUUGUUGAACAAACUAGAAAUUAAAUCUUUUUUCUAUGUUAAUUUUAGAGUAAAGAUAAUAUAUGUAUUUUGCGUGAUGGUAAUCGAACUAUAUAUCCAUUAGCCAAGGAUAGUACUGAUUCAAUGAGAGAGCCCCAGUGGUUAGAUUUAGGACCUGUUCGAUGUAUGGGUAUUGGUUCAUAUACAGUCACUUCUCCUCAUACAAAAGCAGUUGCUGCUAUCAUAGUUCUAGAUGUAGAACAGCAAAUUCUCAUGUCGCGAAUAUUAAAGUCAAAUCUUGAAUCUGUUAAAUUGUUGGUACAGCAGUUGUCUGUUGAAAAUGGUAUUAAACUAUUUAUAUAUUAAUUUUAUAAAAUUAUUAAUACUUGUUUAUCACUUAUUAAUAAUUGUCAAAUAUAAUUAAUUAAAAAAACAUAUUUUAUAGAUAAUGGAGAACUUUUAUCCCAGAUUUUAGCAGAGCGAUGUGAUGGUAAUCGUAAUCUACUUCACGCUUGUGUUUCGGUUUGUGCUCCAAUUUCAAAUAAAGAACAGGAAGGUAAUGCAAAUAAUUCAUAAAUUAAUUGAAAUAUUACUUAUUUAUUUUAUUUCUCAUUCAGAAGGAGAUAAUGUACAAAAUCAAUCAGGUCCGAGUGUAGAUACUUUGAAUGUAAUUCAAAAAGCAUUUGGUGUCAGAUCAUCAUUUAGUUUAAGAGAAAUGAUGAGACGGGCUUCAGCUGCAGUUAGAACUAGUAAGUUACAAAUUAUUCAGUUUAUUUCCAUAACAAACACCUUUAAUAUUUUGUUUUAAAUCAUUAGACGCUAAUUCAUCAGACCCCGAACCAAUGGAAAUUAGUGAAGAUGCUCCACCUCCAGGUACAGUUCCAGGUACUGAACCAUGGCACGAACCAGUUAAUGCAACUACCCAAUCAUCGGCUACUUUACAAAAUGAAGAAGAAACAAUUCAAUCUAUUCCAAUUAUUAAUCCAACAAUCGAAAGACGCAAUAAUGCAUUAGCAAUUUUACGACUUCUUUGUGAAUCUACUGUUUUUUCAGCUCAUUUACUAGAUCUAUUGACGGCUAAGUAUGUAAAAUUAUAUUUAACUUGAAUAUUUUUUAUAUAUGAAUAAUAUAAUCAUUUAAAUAGAUACUAAGGGCAUCAAUUUGAUAAAUAUAAUUUUUGUUAUAUUAUUUAAAGCAUAAUUAAAUUUAAGUCUUAUAUUAUAAAAUUUGAAAUUAAUUUUUACUUAACAUUGUUUUUAAAUAAAUGCUUCUUUUAUAUUGAAUAAUACUAUUUUAUAUUUAUAAAGAGAUUAGUUAUUUAUUUUAUCUUAAAUAAAAUGAAAGCUUUUCUGCUGCUUUUAUUUACAAAUUAUGUAAAUUAAAUAAAUACCUAAAAUAAAUUUUUUAAUUUUUAGAGAUGCUCAAGGAUUAACUCCAUUUAUGUUAGCUGUGACAGUUAGAGCAUAUCCUGCUGCUAUUAUUUUACUUGAUACAAUUCAUCGAGUUGUGGCAAAAGUAGUUACACCACCUAUUAUAAUUUGUGACGUACAAAGUUCUUCAAAUCCUGAUCAAGAACAUGCAAUUAAAAAUGUAAUGAGUGCUUGGAGAUCUUCAGUUGCUGGAACAGGAUCCAAUUCUAACAGUAACAAAAUAACUCCAGAAAUAAGUAAUCAACCUAUAGGACCACUGUUUAAAAAUCCACCAGCUAGUAACUUUGAAUUACCACAAACAUGGUCUUUACCCACCCCGGGAUUACCACCACCACCACCACAACAACAAUCGGCUGAUUUUUCGAAAGGUUUUUUUUUUUUUAUUUUUGUUAAUAUUAUCUUAUAUUUUAGUUAAAAUUUGUAUUAAUUUUAUUUUACAUUUUUUUCUUAAGGAUUUUUUACUAUUCCACCUCCUCCGCCACCUGUUUCAGUUUAUAAGACACAUUUGUGGUAUACUGAUAGGUCAUUGUAUAGUGAUAAUGAUAAAGAAAAAAUCAUCAAAGCCAAAGAAGUUUUAGCUUCUAUGAUUUACCCAUCUGGAUCAAAUCCUGAUUACAGUCCUUUACAUGUGCUCUGCUGUAAUGAUACAUGUAGUUUUACUUGGACUGGAGCUGAACAUAUUAAUCAGGUAUUUAUAUUUUACUAAUAUAUAUUCUAAUAGAACACUUUAUUUUAAUUUUAAUUUGAAAAAUAUUUAUUUAUUUUUUUGGUUUUAAAAAAUAAAUGUAUUAAAUUGUAUAUUGUACACUUGUUAUGUUAAUAAAAAUAUGCCCGGUUUCAUCAAAUAAUUACAUAGAUAAAUUCUGUUGUAUAAAUUAUGUUUUAUAUUUUAUAUGUUGACAAAAAUGUAUUUUAUGAAGAGUUAAAUUACAGGCCCAUUUAUCGUUGUGUAAACAUGUAUUUAAAUAUUUAACUGGCCUUAGAUAUUAAUGGCUGCAUGGGGAGGGAAAAUGUAUGUUUAACCUGGGUAGAUUCUAAACCUCAUUAAAAUGUUUUGGUCCUAUAGUGUGAUCUGGUGUAAGCAAUAAUAACUAAUAUAUUAUAGCUGCGUAAUAGUAAUAAUAAUGUAGAAUAUAAUAUGAUAAUACUAAAUAAUACACUACACUGUAAUAUUUGAACAGGUUCUUGUUUUCUAGUUAUAAACCUAUAUUAAAAGACAUAGUUCAUUAUUUGUUUAAUUUAACUUUUCUAGUAUAAUGUAUAAUUUUACCUUGUUACUAAAUUAUCAUGCCCAACUUAUCUGGAUAACUCCACUAUGAGGUUUCAAAUAAAUUGAUCAUGGUUCACUUUAAGUUAACUUAAGAGUAUUGCCUAUUGUUAAAAUUCUUCAAAACAUUUUUCUCCUAGAUUCAUGUUUUAUUUUUAUUUUGUUAAGUUUUUCAUUUAGUUAUUUUAGAAAAAAAGUAUAACUAUCAUGAUAAUAACUAUUAUUUUAUUUAUUGUACAUUAGUAAGUAUAAAAUAUUAAUUUUAGGAUAUAUUUGAAUGUCGUACUUGUGGCUUAACUGGAUCAUUAUGUUGCUGUACCGAGUGUGCUCGAGUUUGUCAUAGAGGUCAUGAUUGUAAAUUAAAAAGAACAUCUCCUACUGCAUAUUGUGAUUGUUGGGAAAAAUGUCGGUGUAAAGCUCUAGUACAAGGCCAUCAAACUUCUAGAUUCCAGUUACUUAAUAGAUUAAUAAGUGAAACUGAUUUAGUGACUCAUUACAAUUCAAGGUAUUAUUUUUAUUCUUUAAAUUUGUUAAUUACUUACAAUUUUUGUAAUAUAUUUGUACAAAUAAUUUUUUUAGAGGAGAGAGUAUAUUGUUAUUUUUAGUACAAACUGUUGGCCGACAAACAAAUGAACAACGUCAAUAUAAUAGAUCAUCAAGGCAACGAGCUGCUUCUCGAAAAACACCUUCAUCAGAUAUUGGUAAUAUCAAUUAAUUUAUUUUUAUUGUUACAUUAAUAAACAGAAAAAUUGCAUAUAUUUUUUAUAAUUAGAAAUGGAUAUGCCAGAUCAUGAUUUAGAACCUCCUCGAUUUAGCCGUAAAGCAUUAGAAAGAUUGCUAAAUGAUUGGCCUGCAGUUAAAGCUAUGAUAAUGUCAGGAGUAAAAAAUGAUUCUGAAAACAAAUCAAGUGAUCAACUAUAUUUAAAGAAUCAAUCUGGUACCACAUUCUUGGACAAGUUUAUGCAUUGUUUACUUUUCAAAUGCAAUGCUGAAGUAUUAACUAGCUCAUUUUUAGUAAUUAAAAAUCAUGAUUCAUGUUAAAAUAAAUAUAUUAAAUAUGUUUGUAUUUUUAGAUGGUUGAUGCUUUAGUUGCAACAAUUGUUAAAGAACUUAAUAAUUCGUUGUCUAAUUCAGCUGAAGUAAACACAAUAGCACGUCGUUUUAUUAGAUCUGUGAUAAGAGUUUUUGUUGUUUAUACUGUUGAAUUGGCUCCACAAAAUAAUAAACGAAGGAUGUAAGUACUUGUGAUAGUGUGCAAUUUUUGAAAUUGAAUAUUCAUUGGUGCAUAUAUUUUUUGAUUUUAUUCAGGCUUGGAAAUCUAUCUUCACCAUUUGCACGUGCUAGGCGCAUAUUUCAAUCAAUGAUGAAACUUUCUAUUGAAGAGUUAUGUGAAACAGCUGAAAGUUUAAUAGCGCCAGUGCGUCUUGGUGUAGCCCGGCCUACAGCUCCAUUUACUUUAUCCAAUACUAAUCCAGAUCAACAAGUAAUUUAAUAGAUAAAUAUUGAAAUAACUUUAAAAUAAUAUUGUUUACUUUUUUAAAGAGUUAUGAAGAAAUAUUUUUUGUUGAACCAAUGGCACCAAAUAAUAUGAAUUCUUCUGAUCAAAUGGAAGGUUCUAAUAUUCGCAGACAGUCACAAAAUGACCAACCCCCAAUUGACAUAGAAUUAGAAGAUGAAAUGGGAGACAGUAUGAUAUUUUUAUUUUACUAUAUCAAUUUUUUAUUUUAGUUUUUAUCAGAAUUUUCAAACAGUUUAAUUUGAAGAAACAUUAAAUAAGUAUUAUCCAGGUGUGGCAGGAUUAUUAAACAAAUUUAAUAAUUUUUUUUUUUUACUGAAUAUUUUUAAACUUUAGAUUCUAAGUGGAGUGAUGAAGCUUAUGAUUUAUUUUAAAGAUGUUUAUUUUUUUUCUGUGGACAACUUUAUUACCAGAGGACUCCUAACCUAAUCUAACCUAACCCUCCAGUUUUUAUGUGUAGCAACUUUCUGAUAGAAAAUCAAUGUGGGGAGAUAUCUUAAAGAUGUCAUUUUUCAAUUUUCUCAUCAAAUAAAAAAAAAAAAACGAAAAUUUAUGAAAUAUAAAAAUGUAUUAUUAUUUUUUUUUUCUGUGGACAAUUUCUCUACCAACAAUUUUGCUUCAACUUUUAAUGAUAACAAUGUUUCUGAAAGAAAAUUUCACUGAAGGAGGUAUUUUAGAGAGGUUGUUUUUCCAUUUUCCCUCAGCAAAUGUGAAAAUUGGGAGAACCGGGAAAAUCAGUGCAACAUUAAACAAAUAUAAUUAAAGAAAAUAUAUAGAGUCUAUUUAAUUAUUUUACUAUAAUAUAACAUGUAUAUUGUAGACAAAGCAUCACUAUCAACUGAACUCUGUUUAAAAUCGUUUUUUUGUAAAUAAUGGUGGUUUAUAUUUUUGAUUACAGGUACACAAUAAAUAACCUAUAUCAGUGGCAGCACCUGUCCUCAUUACUCUAGAACGUCUUUUUUUAAAAUAAUUACUAGAGCUUUGUGCCAUAUUUUAGGUUUUUUUUUUUAAAAUAAAAACCUAAAAUUAAAAUUUUAUUGAAAGAGUUAAGAUCUACAUAUAAUUUAAAAAAAAAAGAAAGUUAAUACAUUUGAUAAUAAUCUAAUGGCAUCUUUUAUAUUUUUUUUACAAAAGUGUAUAUUUUUUGUUAUGUUGGUAGUGAUACUAGAGGUAGUUGUUGGAAUUAUAGGCUUUUCAAAUUAGGAAAAUAUCCAGAUAACGUAUGCUAUAUCAGUUUCUGUAAUUAUCGUAUUUAUUGUCAUUCAGUUAAAAAUAAUAACAAUGCAGUAUUUUUUUUUUUAUAAGUUCCUAUUUUAAGUUAAAAUUUAAAUGAAAACUUAAAAAUCACUGUUUUUCACAAUAGAUUUGAAAAAAAAAACACUUUCAUUUACCUUAUGAUUUUCUGAUUUUUUAGUAGAAAAGCCAAAGUAAGCUUUUUUUCAUGUUUCUUCAUUUUAACUGUUUUGAAGUAUUCUAAAGUGUCCAAACUUAAAAUAAAUUUUAAACUUUCUUACAUUUUAUUUAGAUAAUGAUGGUGAAGGCAGUGAUACAGAAGAUGUUAUGGUUAGUGGACUUGAAAAUCGAGCCGAUUUAGGUCCAAAUAGUAUUUCGGAUUCCAAUCAGCAAGGUCCAGUUGAUCCAGAAUCUGAUACAGAAGACAUGUUAGUAGAAACAGAUUCAGAUUCUGAUCAAAGUAAUCAAGAUGGUGGUGGUCAAAGAAGUGUUCAGACUGGAGCUACUGCAGGCUCAGAUACUGAUGAUGAAUCUGGAGAGUCUACUCAGCAAGAAGAUGGUGAAGAAUCUGAAGCUGGAGAAACUGAUGAAUUAGAUACUGAGGAAUUUCUUGUAUCUGAAGAUCAAUUAGAAAGAAGAGCGUAAGUUUAUAUCAGUUAAUUAAUAAAGUACACAUUAAUAUUCAUGAUAAUUUACAGUACGACUUCCGGACAAGGACAUAGAACUAAUUUAGCUCCACAAUCUAUGCAAUGGGCAAUUAGAAAUCGUGAUCCUACUACACGGACAGCAACAGGUAAUUGAAUUUUAACAUUAAAAGUAAUAAAAUCUGCAUUAUUUUGUUUUUACAAAUUUAGAAACUUUUAACUUAUGAACAUUACUUUUAUUUAUAUAUUUAAUGAAAUUGAAAAUUAUUUAAUUUGAUUUUUAGGAUUUAGAGUUGCUUCCGGUAAUUCAUUAGUAUUCAUAGAUCCUUCAUCAUUAAGGCGGUCUGCAGUUGCCGCUGUUAGUAACAGUACUAAUAAUUCUAGUAAUGGCAGCAAUAAUGCUGCUGCUGCUGCCGCUGCAGCUGUUGCAUCUGCAGCAGCUGGUCUGAAUGAUUCAAUCACUAUGGCUACUACUGCAUCUAGUUUAGCCAGAGCAUUUGCAGUAGUUAUACGACAAAUUGCUGAUUUAUUAGUGACAUCCUUAAAUGAUACACCUGUAUUGCCAAUACCAGAACGCAUAUCAGUUCAAGAUACUUAUAAUUUACAAGUAAUAUAAUAAUUUGUAAAUUACCAUAUACAAAGUUAUUCACAUAAAAAUUGUAAAUAGAUAAUAAUUGAGAAAUCACUUAAACCUACUUGGGAUUGGUUGAUGGCAAUUAUGGAUUCAACUGAAGCUCAACUUAGAUUUGGUGCUUCACUUACUCAAUCAUCUGAUCCACAACAUCCAAGACAUCCUUUACAUGCAACAACUAAUAUUAACAAUACAUUACCAACUGCACCUUCUGGAAUAGGUAUUAUUUUUUUUUAAAUGUUUUAAUUUUUACUUUAAAAAAAAAAAUUCAUGUUUUUAUAUUUAGGUUCAAAUAAUAACAGUAGUCAGGCAGUUGAACCUCGGCGAGAAUUCAUAUCGUACUGCUUAUCUCUAAUGAGAGCUCAUAGUAAUGAGCAUGGAGAUUCCUUACCAGUAUUGGAUGUUUCUUCUUUAAAACAUGUUGCUUAUGUCUUGGAUGCUUUAGUUUAUUAUAUGCGAGCCGAUACAGCUGCUGUUAAUUGUCAAUCUUUAACUCCACCUAUUUUGUCUGAAUCAGUUGAAACUGAACCUUGGGCAAUUGACCAAGUUAGUUUAAAAAAAUUAUUUAAAUAUGUGUAAUAUCUUAAAAAUAUCUAUUAUAUAAUAGAAAUUCUACUUAUUUAAAGUAAUUUAAUUAAAUUAUCAUAAAAUGUAAUACAUUUUUAAUAGUAUAUAUUAAUAUAAUGAAUUAAAUAAAAAAAAAAAUUGUUCAGGAUGAAAAUGAUAACGAAGAAAAUGAUGAAGAUAUUAAUACUACAAUAUCAACAAUAAACCAAUCGCCUAAUCUAAGAUUUGUAGAUGUUGAUUCUGGAAUUAGAGGUCGACGGCAUGCUUUUUUUCAACGAUCAGAUUCUACUUUAUGUUUAGGAUGUCCUCCACCAGAUCCUUUUGAUAUUCCUAUGGCUCAAGCUAUGCCACUUGCUGAUCAACCACAUUUACUACAACCAAAUGCACGCAAAGAAGAUAUGUUUGGUUCUCCAAAACUUUCAGGUAUAAAGUUUUACAAAUCAAAUAAUAUAUAUUAAGUCAUAAGUUAUAUUGGUGAAGAAAAUAUAUUUAUUAUUUAAAUACAUGAUACAUUUUGUAGCACCUUUAGAUGGAUCAUCCGAAGGUCUGCCAUCAAGGCUUAGUUUAUCCAGUCGUAGCGAUAAUGGAAGUGAACAGUUACCCAAAGAACAUGAAAGAAAAAGUUGGUAGAAUAGAGUAGAGUUUUAUUUUGCUUUGUAACCCAGAAUUCAGUUAUUUUUGGUAAUUUAUUAAUUUUUCAAAUUUUUUUUAUUGGUUUUUUAGUCAUAUAAAUACAACAAAUAAUAAAAUUCUUAUUAUAUUUAACAAAAUUAUAAUAUUUUUAUUUUUGUCCAUAAAAACUUUUAAUUUUACUAAUUAUUAAUUUUGGAUUAAAUUUGUAUGUUAAAAUAUCAAUAAGAUUAGUUUUAUCAUGUUCAGAUUAAUACAUUCUAAUAAUAGUUCUAAAUAUAUAUAUAUAUAUAUAUAUAUAUACUUAUAAUUUUUUUUUUUUAUUUUCUAAACAUCAAUUUAAAAUAAAUCAUAAACUAAGUUAUCACUAAUAAUUAAUAUAAUAGAUUAAUAUUAUAACUUUAAAAGUUUAAAAAUAAUUAUUAUCAAUUAUAAUUGGUUUUGUGGUUACAUGGUAUAAUUAAUUUAAUCAUUAGAAAUAAUAUAAUUAAUUUAGUGGACGAAUGUUUAUUCAUGUAAAGAAACAAAACUCAAACAGAUGUUUGUACAUAUUAACAUGUUGAUGUCCGCUAAAAUAUUUAUUGAUAGCAAAAAUAUAAAACAUGUAUUUUCAAAUAAGAAUAUAUUUUUAAAAACCAACAAGUUUUCAAACAUAAAAUAAGAACAUUUUUAAUACAGAUAUUUAAAUUUAUUAUUAUUUAAUUUUUGAAUAGUUUUAUUACAAAUAAAAUAUGAUUACUUAGUGUUUCAAAUUUACCAUUUUCAAUAAGUGUUGUAAUUUUAAAUUUUAUUUUGAAUUGGUCUUAAAAAUAGAUUUAAAUAAAAUAAAAAACUAAGAAAUAAUGUUUUAAUGUAAAUGUAGUUUUUCACCUUUGUAUCAUAUGUAUUUAAAAUGUUUUUUUCUGGCAACAGUUAAAAAUAUUCUAACUCGGACUUCACUGUGUUAAGUGCUAGUAUAUCUAGGCAUGCCUUCAUCUUGCUAUAACUUUUAAUGUUUGUAAUGGUUAUUAUAAAAUUGUAUAUAUUUAUGAAUGAUGGAUAGAGAUCAUAAACUUUUUCCUUUUUUAUUUUCACAGUUUUGCCCCAAAUUCUGAUAGGUAUUUCUGUUCAAUUAAAUGAUUUAGGAUGAGUCACAUGUCAAAAACGUAUGUUUUAAUUGAUGUAUCUCCAUAAUUGUAUCUCAAAUAAUAAAAUUUUUGGGAUUGAUGGUUUUUCUCUUUAACUUUUAUCCAAACUAUUUGGGGUCAGUCACCCUUGUUCUAAACUUCCACUUGAUCCAAUCUUGCACCUUGCAUACACUGACCAUCUUCAUAUCAUUCUCUGUCAUUUAACUACCUUUUUUUAGUCUUUUUCCUCUGUCUCUAUCCUACAUUUAUUUUCAUUACAAUUCUUACUGAUUCAUCUUCCUCUCAUGGCAUAUCCAAAUUAACUAUUUAAGCCAUGGCCUAACACAGCCUUAGUUUUUACCUCUUAUGACAGGUAGAGGUACUGUAGAAUAUUCUUAAACAAAAUUUUCCGCUUUAAAAUUAAUUCCUUCUUCCGCCCUAUAAAAAUAAUAUCAUUUGUCUACUGGAAUCAUCCACCAGUAGGAGCUCGGGGACCCUAAGUUAAAAUUCAAUAUCCUAGCUUAACCUAGGUUUUAAUAUUUUAUGACAUGCAUAUUUAAAAUAAUUAACAAAAAUAAUUUUAUACUAUUUAAAGCAGUGGUUCUAAACCUUUUUUGUAUGACAACAUUUAAAACAAUUAAUGAAAUUAAAAUGAUACACGCAAUGCUCAAGGUUAUUAUGACUGAGGACAUGCUUAUUAUUUACGAACAAAUAAAAAACUUUUAGCUGCAUACAUCACAAUAAUAGGCGACACACCGGUUGAGAACCACUGUUAUAUGUAAAGAAUAAAAUAUGAAAUAUUGAUAAAUAACAGAAUUAAAUUUGUUUAUGGCAAGAUGAUAGUUUGCAACAGUUGAGUGUGCAUUCGUUUAUGUUUUUAUGCUAAUAUUAAAUUAAAUUUAAAUCUAGGACAUGAUACUGAACCUGAAGAUCUUUCUAUUAGAACAAAAGUCGUAGAUAAAAUUAAUGAAAUUGCUGAAUUAUAUGGUCUUGGUGAUGAUUCUGACAUAUCACCAUCCAUUCCUGAAGGUUAGUAGCUUUAUAAAAAAAUAUUUGAUUAAUAUAAUAUAAAUGCUUCGAUUAUUAUAUUAUAUAUUCUAGCUGAAACAUCAAAAAGAGAUAUAAUUAUUGUUCCACCCAACACUUUUUCAACUGACACUACAUCACCUAUGCUUAAAAGUGUAAUUGUACGAGCUCCUUCUGGUGGAACUCCUUCUACAUCUGUAAGUUCUCACAUUUUUAACAAUUUUACUUAUUUUUUUAUACAAAUUAUUUUUAGUGUAAUAUAACUAGUGUCUUUUGAAAAUUAUUGAUUUGUUAAUCUAAUACUUAAUCAUGUAAUUGUUUUAUUUUUGGAUUAUUACAGACUACAGUUUUAAAAUGUUUUUUUUAUUUUAAAAUACAAUUAUUUUUUUAAAUUUAUCCUUAAUUUUGUUUCUUUUCAAAUAUCUAUUUGUAAACCAUACCUCAAUGUUUUAUCUGUAAAGUCGAAAUUAUGUAGUUGCUGAAAAAAUAUAUUAACACUUUUACAUUUUUUAAGCAAUAUAUUUCUUAUAAUAUUUUUAAUUUUCAUAAUCUUAAAUUAAAAAAACCUAUUAUUGCCAUAAAUUACCGUACAUGUGUAAGUUUACUAUUAGAAAUCUAGCUUCUAAUUAAAAAAAAAUACCAAGUUAUAUUGAUUUUGUAUUUCGCAUAGUUGGUGAACAAAAGUUGUUUUUUUAUUUUUAGUGUAGUUGUUUUCUUAACAAUACAGCAAAACUGUAAACAUUUAAAACAAAAUAACUAUUUUAAGAAUUAAAAAAAUGUAUUAAUUAAUGUAAUGUAUUUUAUUUCAAUUUAUAAUUACAGUCAAAUCCAAUACCAGUUAAACCGAAUACUGAUGUUAAUGAGGGUAGUCAUAAUUCCAAUCCAAAUAAUGAUACUGUGAAACCUAUGAACAAGUAAAAUAAGUUUAUAUAAAUAAAAUAUUCACAUUUAGACAAAUAUAAAUAAUAAUUUAUUUUUAUUUUUUUUUGCAGGGGAAGUCGUUUCGGAGAAAGUGUAUCCCAUGAUUUAUUAUUAGGACGUUGGCGCUUGACAUUGGACCUUUUCGGUCGUGUAUUUAUGGAAGAUGUUGGUUUAGAGCCUGGAUCAGUUGUAUCAGAACUUGGAGGUUUUCCAGUUAAAGAGGCAAAAUUCCGCAGGGAUAUGGAAAAAUUAAGAAAUCAACAAAACCGAGAUUUAACAUUAUCAAAAGUAAGUGCUUUUUUGUUUUUAUCUUUAUAAAGAAAUCUUUUUAUUAUUCUCAAUAUUAAUUUAAUUUAACAAAUAUCAACAGUUAGAACGUGAUCGUAAUCAAUUAAUUCUAAUGACAUUUAAAGAAUUAAACAAUCAAUAUAAUUCAUAUCAUCGUAGAACUUCUAGUGCACACCCAUGUCUUGCAGUGAAUAGAGUAAAAGUAACAUUUAAGGAUGAACCUGGUGAAGGCUCAGGUGUUGCUAGAUCAUUUUAUACAGCUUUAGCUGAGGUAAAUAAAAAUAUAUUUUUUUUUAAAACUUAAAAAAAAAAAAUUAUAUUAUUUUAUAUUUAGGCUCUGCUGUCUAGUGAAAAAUUACCAAAUCUUGAAUCUGUUCAAGUUGGUGGUCGAUACUCUCAAUAUACUGUUUUACAACGUUUAAGAAAUCGUGAGCGUGCAGAAGCUCCUCGAAUAAGGCAUGCUCCACUAUCACCACGUGUUCCAAGACGUUCAGAACGUAAUGAUCGCGAACAACGUCGCAUACUCUCAGUAGAUGCUCGUUCGUUUGUUCCGAAUACGGGAACAUCUGAUACCAAUCCCAAUGCUCAUCUUACUCCUCACCAACAACAACUGGGUGAACGUCUGUAUCCUAAGGUAUUCAUUUUUAGUUCUUAAAAUAUUAAGAAAAGUUACAAAAUAACUUUCUAAUGUGUUUUUAGGUUGUUCAAAUAAGACCAAGUUUAGCUAGUAAAAUUACAGGAAUGCUUUUGGAGUUAUCACCAGCUCAACUUUUAACUUUGUUAGCAUCUGAAGAAACAUUGAGAAUGCGUGUAAAUGAAGGUAUUGCAAUGUUGAUGCAAACAGUUGAAAUGUCUGCACUUGUUGAUGUUGCUCAUCCACUACCACCUGCUGAUAGUCUUCUUGGUAUUUAUAUAUAUACAUAAAAUAUCAUCAUGUUUUUUGCAAUCUAAAUUAUUAUUCAUUUUUUUUUUCUCACAGAAGAUGUUGAUUUAUUUUUAAGUCUGUCUGAACAACAUGGUUCUAAAACUAACCUACCUCCAAAAGAAAAUGUAACAGAAGAAAAUGUAAGCGAAGAAAAUUUAGAUGAUAAUAUGCCAUUAUUUUAUUGCCCUGGUAAACAAGGAUUUUAUUCACCACGUCAAGGCAAAGCAUCAUAUGAACGUUUAAAUGCAUUUAGAAAUACUGGAAGGUAAAUUUAUAUUUAAAUUAUAUUUGUUUAUUAAUGCAUCAACACUUUAUUUAUAUUAUCUAGGCUGAUUGGAUUAUGUCUUUUACAAAAUGAAUUGUGUCCAAUGUAUUUUAAUCGCCAUGUUCUUAAAGUUAUACUCGGUAGAUCAAUUAGAUUCCAUGAUUUAGCAUUUUUUGACCCUGUUAUGUAUGAAAGUCUUCGGCAACUUGUGUUGGAUGCAGAAUCAAAACAUAAAGAAGCACUAUUCUCUGCAUUAGAAUUAAAUUUCAGGUAUAAUUUUUUUCAGCUUAAUUUUAAUUAAUGUGUAAAUAAUACAUUAAAUUUAAAAUUUUAGUAUUGAUCUGAGCCAAGAAGAAGGAGGUGGAAGUGUAGAAUUAAUAAGUAAUGGUGUUGAUACUGAAGUGACCCAUAUCAAUGUUUACGAUUAUGUUAGAAGAUAUGCAGAGUUUAGAAUGUUCAAAACUCAACAAAAAGCAUUUUUUGUAAGUUUCUAAUAAAGAUAAAUUUAUAGAUAAAUAAAACUUGGUUUGUUUUUUUUUAAGGCAUUAAGAUCUGGAGUUUUUGAUGUAAUUCCUGAAAGUUCAUUAGAUGGUUUAACUGCUGAAGAUUUAAGAUUGUUAUUAAAUGGAGUUGGUGAUAUUAAUGUACCAUUAUUAAUCUCAUAUACAAGUUUCAAUGAUGAAUCUGGUCUUGCCACAAGUGAUCGACAAAUCAAAUUCAAACGUUGGUUAUGGUCUAUUGUUGAUAAAAUGACACCCUCUGAAAGACAGGAUUUGGUAAUAAUCAAAUAAAUUAUUUAAUUAAAAACUUAGCUUAUUUAUUUACUAAUGCAUUGCUUAUAUGUAUUAUAUUUUUCCAGGUGUAUUUCUGGACAGGAUCGCCAGCUCUCCCAGCAUCAGAAGAAGGAUUUCAACCAAUGCCCAGCGUUACCAUGCGUCCUGCUGAUGAUUCACAUUUACCUACUGCUAACACAUGUAUUUCCAGAUUGUACAUACCACUUUACAGUAGUCGUACUAUACUUAGGCACAAACUUUUGAUUGCCAUAAAAACUAAACAUUUCGGAUUUGUUUAAAUUUUUGGUUUAUAUAUUUCAAAGAAAAACCUAAAAAAAAUUAUAUUUAAAUGUUUUUUGACGAGUUAAAAAUUCCUGUUUUAUUUAUUUGUAUUUCAGUGAUGGUUAUUUUCUAAUUUUUUCUUUAUAUACAUUUGUACUUAAAAAAAAUAUGUAUUCGUGACUCUAUAAAAAUAAUAUUAAGUGAUUAUAAAAUCGCAAUUAAACUAUUAUAUUUUUCAUCUUAGCUUUUACAUAAUUGUGCAGUAACAAUACUUAAUGUAUUGAAUUAUUAUCUGUAAUUUUAUAUUUUCCAUGAUAACUUCUAAAAAUGAAUGAAAAUGUGUGUAAUAUCAUUAUUUUGUUAUUGUUAGUGCUUUAAACAAUUUUUGCUUUAAACGUAUAUUUUAAUGGGAAUUUGUUUGUUUUUAUUGAAAAAAUUAUUUUCCUUAUAAAGUAAAUAGUUUAAAAAUUCCACAAUUCUUUAAUGACAUACCUUAAAUAUUUCAAAUGUUUUUGAAGUAUCACUUGUAAUACUAUGAAAUCUAAUAUGAAUUUAUAACAACCAAUAAUGUUUAUUAAUAAUAAUCUAUU